AUGGGACGUUGUUCGUAUACUGCGUGCCGGCAGUUCACGGAAGUACGAAUGUCGAGCAAGGUGUGUGAAUUACACUUGGACGAAGAGCACGUGUCAUUUGACCCAUGGCGAGACAUCAACGAUCCGCUGCCGUUUCUCUGCGAUUUCGUCCAUACUGAAUGCACCUCAAGAAAGCGGACAAUUUCUCAUGUGCACAUGCAGAUAGCUGAGCUCAGUACAAAAUCAGUUCACGCCACCAUUCAUCCUCAUGUGCAUAUCAUUCUGUUGGAUUCGGUCGCUUCAUCUCAAGCCAUCAGGGCUCUGCCACGAACAGUGAAUUUUCUGACGAAUGCAAUGGAUGCGGUUCAAUUUCGGAAGCUGAAUAAAAUCGGCUACAAUAGUCGGCCGAAUGGCUUCGUUCAUGCUUUU